UCUCCCCCCCCCCCGCUCCUUUUACGCACCGUCUUAGCGCGUCUUUGUGCCGCAGGACGGGAUGUGCUGGAUGUAUUUUCUCCCGAGAUUGUGAAGCACGGAGCAGAUCAGCACUCCGAAGCCAUGUGGACAGCGGAUACGUCCUCUGGAGCGAAAGGCAGACUUUAGACAGAGAGCGUUGCUGCGCUUUCCUGGAAAAUAACGCCUUCUAGGAAACCGACAGAGACGAGAUGGUAGAGAAGUAAGUAGUCUGCGUUGACAUCAAGUGGCCGCACCUGACCUCCUUGACCCAAAAGCUGCCGCCCACAACUCGAAGCCUCGCCUGUCGUUCUCUGCAAAACCAGUGGUGCUCACCACUCUUGAGGAUGAGUGCGACACCCGGACCACAGUCAUGAGGUGGAAAACUGUUUCGGCCAUCUUCUUCCUGGUGGUGCUGUAUCUAAUCAUCGGAGCGACAGUGUUCCGGGCCCUGGAGCAGCCUCACGAAAGCUCUCAGAAACUGGCCAUUCUGGCCGAAAAACUGGAGUUCUUGGCCAUGCACAGCUGCGUAAACUCGACGGAGCUGGAGGAUCUUGUCAAGCAAGUGGUUUCAGCAGUUCGAGCAGGAGUGAAUCCAUCAGGAAAUUUAUCCAAUCAGACGAGCCUGUGGGACCUCAGUUCUUCCUUUUUCUUUGCUGGGACUGUUAUCACCACAAUCGGAUUUGGAAACAUCUCUCCCCACACAGAAGGAGGGCGGAUCUUCUGCAUCCUCUAUGCUCUGCUGGGCAUUCCCCUGUUUGGAUUCCUGUUGGCUGGCGUCGGGGACCAGUUGGGAACUAUUUUUGGCAAGGGCAUCGCCAAAGUCGAAAAGAUGAUUGUGAAGUGGAAUGUCAGCCAGACAAAGAUCCGUGUCAUCUCCACCCUGCUGUUCAUCUUGUUUGGGUGCCUAAUCUUUGUGGCCCUACCAGCUGUCAUAUUCAAGCAUAUCGAAGGCUGGAGCACACUCGAGUCCAUCUACUUUGUCGUCAUCACCCUCACCACCAUUGGCUUCGGAGACUUUGUUGCCGGAGAAAAGGGUCAUCUGACAGAGGGUGGUUCAGAGAGUCUUGAGUACCUCGACUACUACAAGCCAGUGGUGUGGUUCUGGAUCCUGGUAGGCUUGGCGUACUUUGCAGCAGUGCUCAGCAUGAUCGGAGACUGGUUCAGGGUCAUCUCAAAGAAAACUAAGGAGGAGGUUGGGGAGUUUCGUGCCCACGCAGCUGAGUGGACAGCAAAUGUAUCAGCGGAGUUCAAAGAGACCCGCAGGCGGCUCAGUGUUGACAUCUACGAUAGGUUCCAGCGCGCCGCGUCUAUCAAGCGAAAGCUGUCAUCUGAGCUUGGAAUUAAUGCCUCCAUGAACCAAGAGAUGACCCCCGGGAAGAGGACGCUGUCAGCCAAUCUGUGCGAGGACAAAGACACGUACACCUCCUUGACGCUCUCUCUAAGUCCCGUCCCGGGGGCUCUUACUAGGAACGGCAGCUUGUUUCUGAAUGGCCUUAGUCCAGAUUAUGCUGAUCGGCAGGAAAUUGCCAUCAUUGAAAAUCUCAAAUGAGAACCAACCUAAAAAUGAGAUAAAGUGUACGGAGUAUUACAGCAGUGAGACUGAAAACAAACCACAGGCUUCAGUGAUCACUGACUGAUGCAAGACACUGAUGAGGUACCUGAAUGAAGCAGACUGUGUUCCAGUGAUUUAAACACCUAAGAAUGGAUCAGUCUACAUGUAUCCAUGUUUAUCUGUUGCACAGAUAAAAAACAGAUUACACUGAAUAAAUAGAAGACGUCAGACUUUACUGAAGCUUUCGUCGUAACUGAGCCAAAAGGAACGAGAUUAAAUCUGAGGUGCAAACUGAAAUGCUUCCUUUGGAAACGCAAAACAUAAGAAGCAAUACAGGGAUGUGCACUCUCCUUGUGAUAGCAACCCUAAAACUGGAUCAAAUCAAGGAUCCGAAUUUUUUAAAAUACCAAAUUAUCAGCUGUGGAUCUAUCCUGUUGUUCUUAACAGGCAGAAAUCCUGGAAGGAAUGCUCUUUUUCUCAUCUCUCAUCUUCUGUUUAGGACUUUAUCUGCCUUGAGUUUGCCACUUAAUCAACCCUUUACUGAAGAGACGAAUGUUGACAUUGUAGUUUCUUCAUGAACUCUUGAUCCUAAGGAAUAUUCCACUGGUGCCUUAUUGAAAAAAGCACGGGGCAUGUGAGGGCAACAAAAAACUCAGUUAUGUCCGUGUUAAAUUUGAUUACAUUUUUGGAAUGCAUCUUGGACAUCUAUAGAGUUUUUUAAAAUUCUUAUUAAUUAUUCUCUAGAAUGUUUAUAAAAUAUAUAAAAAUGGACAACAUAGUGUUUGAAAGGUUAAUUUGUCUUCUUCAUACGCUGAAACUUAUUACCGUACAGUGCUUCACUCAUCUAAAUCCAACCUUCCACUAGACCAAAGUACCAUCUGUUUAAGGUCUUUGUUCCAAUUAAAUCAUCAGCAGGGCUGUAUGGUUUCUUUUUGUCCUAAUCUUCUCCUGCGAGAUUUUCCCAAUGAAUUAUCAUGUUUUAGCCAUAAAACUCAAACACACACUUUGUGUGCCAUCACUUUUUUUGUUUUCUAAAGAAACGAAUGGAUACAGUGCCUUGCAAAAGUAUUCACCCGCUUGGCUUUUUACCUAUUUUGUUACAUUCCAACGUGUAAUUUAAAUGUUUUUAAACUUCUUUCAUAUGAUGGAUCGGCACAAAAUAGUCUAAGUUGGUGAAGUAAAAUGAGAAAUUUAUAUAUAUAUAUAUAUAUAUAUAUAUAUAUAUAUAUAAAUAAAUAAAUAAAUAAAUAAAUAAAAGGAAAAACCAGGAAAUUUGCAUGUGUAUAUGUAUCCACACUCUUUGCUAUAAAGCCCCUAAAACGUUUGAGUGCAAAACCUGUCAGUCUGUCUGUGAUUUGAGACUAAAACACAGGUUCACCUUCCAGCGGGACUAUGACCCGAAGCAUACUGCUAAAGCAACACUCGACUGGUUUAAGGGGAAACAUUUUGAUGUGUUUGAACGGCCUGGUCAAAGUCCAGACCUCAAUCCAAUUGAGAAUCUGUGGUUAGACUUGAAAAUCCUUGUUUACAGGUAAUAACUAUCCAACACGAAGGAGCUGGAACAGUUUUGCCUUGGGGAAUCGGUAAAAAGUACUUUAUGGGGGCUGAACAGUUAUGCCCCCUGAGGUUUUCUUUUAUUUUAUCCUAUUUGUUGUUUGCUUCACAAUAAAAAUAAUAAUGCAUCUUUAAAGUUGCAGGCAUGUUUUAUAAAUUUAAUGGUUUAAACUCUCACACAAUCCAUUUUAAUUCCAUGAUAUGAGGCAACAAAAUAUGAAAAAUCCCAAUGGGGUUCACUUUUGCAAGGUAGUGUAUAUAGUUCCUUGCAAAAGCACAAGUACGCCUUAAACUUUGUCACAUUCCAACUCUGUCUUUGAAUUUUCAACAGAUUCUCCUACCUGAGCGGUGGAUCUCUGAAGCUCUUCUAAAGUUACCAAGGGGUUCUUGACUAGCUGUCUGAUAAAUGCUUUCCUUGGUUGCAGUGGAUUUUAUUUGAGGAAAGGGGAAAAAGGGGAAUACAAAUGCCUGUGAUGCAUCGUUUUCCUUCAACUUAGUUUUGGUCCAUCACAUAAAAUCCUAACAAAAUAUUUUGAAGUUUGUGGUUGGAAUUUGACAAGAUAUGCAAAGGGAAUUAAUACUCGUGCAAGGCACUUUAUGGUGCUGUAGCAGUAAAGUCUAGAAACCUUUGUGGCACAUACCUUGCUGCUUCGCUUGACUGAAUUUGUCUGGGAACAUUUCAUCAGUUAAAGUAGAUUUAAUGUUAAUUUAAAAUUUUGCUAAUGCUGAAUGUACACCACAUGAAAUCUAUCAUUUAGCAUGCUGCUUGUUACAGCAACGAUUCAAUAACCAAUAAUUUAAUGACAAAUGAGGUGCAACACUUAGGAAUGAAUGAACUAACUGAAUGAUGCCUCUGUGGCUUAUUUAUUGAUGAAAUUUCUAAAUAUGUCUUUCAGGCACCCUCCAUGAUCAUGGCAGCAAACCAUUCUUAUUCUCUGAGUGUCUUUUGUUUCACAGCUUAGUUUAUGUAUCUGUCAUGUUUGUUGUUUGUUGAGGACUCAAUUGACAGCAGGACAAAGUGAAGCCCAUGGCUGAGUGAAGGGUGAAAUAUAAGAAGUGUAAUAUAAGAAUAGAAGAAACUCACAGCAAAUGAGGAA